AAGAAUUCAACCAGCGAAGAAACACCGGUGACUUUCACAUUCACGCGGUGGAUUUCUCGCCGGAGCUUUCCCCAGCUCCUCAUCACCACUUUCUGUUUCUGAACAUGGCUUCCGAUGGAGACAACAACAUCUCGAUGCCGGUGGCGGUGGUCUCCUGCGUAGCUAUGGCACUAUUCUACGUCUUGAUCCUUUACGCUCCCACCGUCAUUCUCCGCCUCCCGUCGCCUUCUUCCUUCUAUGACUUCAUGAUUCGCCGAUUUGUUUGUGCAGCCAUCUCAACCGUCGCGUCUCUUGUCUUCACAGCUUUUAUACUCCCUAUUAAAAGCUGGGAGGUCUCUGUUGUACUUGGAGUUUUUGGCAUAAGGAAAGAUCAUCUUUGGCAAGGAGUGGUGUAUCCUCUUCUGUUGACCUCUCUCCUAUAUGGCGGAUCUUUGGUCUUGAACUUGUUACUACUCAUCGAAUCAUGGAAGGAAAGUGGUGGAGGAUGUAGUUUCUUUGAUAAAGUAAGAAGCUUUGUCCAAGCAAUCCCUGCUUGCUUCCUGACAUGUGUUUCUGAUAUUUCCUUUUGGCGCAAUUUGGUCGUGGCACCAUUAACUGAGGAGCUGGUUUUCAGGGGCUGUAUGAUACCUUUGCUUCUGUGUGCUGGAUUUAGGAUUUACUACGCUAUCUUUCUCUGCCCAAUUCUCUUUAGCUUAGCCCACUUGAAUCAUUUUAGAGAAAUGUACAUCAAGCAUAACCGCAGCUACAUCAAGGCCUCACUGAUUGUUGGUCUUCAGCUUGGCUACACAGUCGUUUUUGGUUCAUAUGCAUCUUUUCUCUUCAUCAGAACCGGUACAAUUACAUCUACUAGCCCCCUUCUAUUGUUGUCGUUGAUAGUGAUGUUUCCCGCAUUGUGUUAUAUCUACAGGACAUCUUGCUGCUCCUUUGUUUGCUCAUAUAUUCUGCAAUUACAUGGGAUUGCCUGUGCUGCUGCACGCACGAGGAAAAGGUUUGGUGAGUGCAGCUGCCUUGGCUGGUCUUGUUGGGUUCGUCACACUUCUCUUUCCUUUAACAAACCCUCUCAUGUACAACGAUGGAACCAACAAUUGUCCGUGUUGGCUUGGCUAUUGUUUGUGGAAUUGAAACUCUGCACUCACAUCUCUAAAUUUUGUGUUUUUCAGUUUCCACUGAUCAUGUCUUAUUAGUGUUUUUAGCAAAUAUUGUGGUCCUUUUAUCAAUUGCCUUUAACAGAUAUUUAUAAAAAUGAGUUCAUGGAAACUAAAACAUUGAAUAUUUGAAUAUAACAAAAAUUUCGCUAUCAACUCAAUUCUCUCGUUCGAAUGGAGAUUUAUCCCUGACGCACAUAUGAACUGGAUUUUUCUUUUUU